AUCCAGUGCAGCAAGUGGUUUUAGCUAGCAGUAAACUAGAAGCUUCAGUUCAUUACUGGAACAACUUGGCAGGAUUAACCAUCUAUGGAAAAAACAAUAAUGAAGCUACUUUUGGUUUUCAUGAAGACCAGGCAAAAUUAGUCCUUCGUGAUAUAGGUAUUCCUGUAAACCAUGCAAAGGCUUUUGGCCGCAUUGCAUUUGCUGCUCCUGGGGGUAGUCUUCUUGGAACUGAAGAAAAGAUGAAAGAAGCAGGUCAGAAAAUCAUCACACCUUAUGUAUCUUUGGAUACUCCAGGGAAAGCAACAGUACAAGUUGUAAUUCUUGCAGAUCCUUUUUGUAAAAUUGCUCUUGGUACUGUAGCCAUGACCCACAACCAGCACAACUCACACUCAGUAUACUUUGCAAGUUGGAUCAUGCCACAUCCAACAACCAUGUCUUCAUUGGUCACCAGCAGGCACAUUUUGCGACUCACUGCUGAAUCCUGA